CAAACAACUCAUAUGCAACUCAUCAAGCAGCCUUUUCACCAUCGACCCUUCUAGCUAUGGCUGAUGAAUUUGAUCUCGAAGCACUCGUGCACCUGGAACAGACGUUCUACGACGCCGGGUACACCGACGGCUUUGCGCACGGGCGCAUCCACGGCCUAAUCGAAGGUCGAGCCCUCGGACGCGAAAAAGGGUUCGAGAUAUGGGAAGAGAUCGGGUUCUACGAGGGGUUCGCUACAACCUGGCAAGCGAUAUAUGCAAAGCAUGGACGGGACGACCAACGCGCGGUGCAUCAUAUCAGGCAUUUACUUGAUCUUGUAUCGCAGUUCCCACGGAUAAAUCCUUCUCCUGAUGCGGUGGCUUCUGGUGCGAUGGAAGAGAUUGAUAUUUCGAAGCUGCAGCGCCAGAUUCGAUCGCGGUAUAAGGCGUUGUGCGCUUCGCUUGGUGUGAAGCCUACGUUGAGAGCGGUCGAUGCUGAUUCUACUGAGGACGGUGGUGUUCAAAAUGUGGAUCGGCAGAAACAGGUGUGGAAAUUGGAAGAAGAUGCGAGAAGACCGACGAUGCAGGGACUCAGUUUUUGAAGAGGGGACUUCAGGAUGUACCCAGGAUCACGCUUUCGCGCGCGAAAACAUUUACAUGUGGAUAUCCAUCCCAAGAUCACAGACAACAGCAGUAAAUCGUAUUAAGUAGCUUGGAAAUUUAUCCAAGUAAGCAUAGGUAAUACAGUGGAGACAAA